AUGGUGGUGGAGCUCAAGGUGGAGCUGAGGAACGUUCAGGCCGCAGUGACGGACAGUGAGAGCCAGGUGGAGGAACUGAAAGCUGAGCUGAUGGUCACCAACGUGUACGUGGAGCUGCUGCAGAGAGACAACUCAGUCCAAGCUGCAGACCUGAAGUCUCUGGAAACAGGACUGACUGCCACUGAGAGCAAAACAAGUCACCUGGAAACAGAGAACGCAGUGUGCUGCUCUCUGCAGACCAGACUGAGCAGCAGCGAGUCCAGGAUCGAGACGCUGGAGAGAGAAAAUACAGGUGAUGAGAGGAAGGUGGCCUUUUACACAGCUCUGACUGAUUCAGGACAUGUUGGACCGUUCAACACAGACAUCACACUGAAAUACAGCAGAGUCUUCACCAACAUCGGCGAUGCUUACAAUCCAUCUACAGGUUUCUUCACAGCUCCAGUCAGAGGGGUCUACUACUUCCAGUUCACUCUGAGUGGUAACCAAACAGGUUCCAUGGGUGUAAAGGUGUACAAGAACAACCUGAUGAUCAUGUGGAACGGGGAGUAUAAGGAAGAGGCAGGUCUUGAAUAUGUGACUAACUCUGUUGUCUUGGAGCUGAUGGCAGGAGAUGAAAUCCACCUGGUUCUCCCAUCAAGCCAUUCUCUCUAUGAUAAUACAAACAAGCAGAACACCUUCAGUGGCUCCCUCCUCUUCACACUGUGAGGAUCCUUCAGCUG